AUGGAACUGAUGCAAACUGAACAGGAAGAGAAGGAAGAGUUGGCGUGGAAGAUGGAAAUGAAGAUGGGAACGGAACGGCAUCGUUGGAAUUACAGCCGUCAGCAUCAGGAACUAAAAAGUCUUGUUAACAGUUUCAAAGUUUGCUUUUUGAUCUUGUUUUUCGUUGUGGGCAUCCAAAUUAGUGCGCAGGGUCGCUUGCUGAGUUCAGUCCCGAAACCUGACAGAAACGAUGUAGCUGCUUAUGCUUGUUGGCUAGUCUCACAAAAUUCGUGGGGGGUAUUAAAUACUAUAUCCAAUAAGUUGGAAGGAGCACCCUUUGGGAAUGUUGUUUCAUUUAGUGAUGGACUACCUAAUGAAGGUAGUGUUAUCCCAUAUUUCUAUUUGACAACUCUUGAUCCUACUGCCAGUAAUGCAUUGAAAGACCAGAGGUCUUCACUGACAGUUAGUGAGUACCCUCUUGGAACUUGUGGCAAGAGAGACCCUGAAAAUCCUGUUUGUGCAAAAAUUACGCUCACGGGAAAGGUUUGUGGUUAA